AUGGCCACAAAGGACCGGUGGCGCGCAAGCCUUCAAAAGCUUUCAUCCAAAAUCAGUGGAGAAAAACGCCUCUGGGGACCCAAGAUUGGAGAACUAAAAGAAUUUGUCUUUUUCUCGGCCGACAGCAAGAAAGACAACGGAAGACCACUUUCAGAUGUUGCGCCUGGUGCGUUCGUUAACGAUCUGAGCGACCAGCGUCGGAAGGCUCGCACGCCUAGGCCACGGACCUUGCAACCCUAUGACUUUAGAGGCCAUAACAUUCUCCUUUUGUCGGACUCGGACUCGGAGCGAGACGACUUUCCAGAAGAGUUCACAGCCACCGCUACGGGUCCGGAAAGGCAGCGGUACAGCGUUCUUGGCGAUGGUGACAAAGAACACGAAGGGGAUGGGAAACCGAAGAAAACCCAGGCCGAAGUCAAGGUUCAGAAAGAUUAG